UUCUCUUGUUGGGUAGACGAUGCGGCGAUGGUGCGUUGCUCGAUCGCGUUGUUGAAUAAUUGUUUUCAUUUCGUGCGCCGGAACUGAUUUCUGUGUUGGAACGUGUGAAGUGGUGCUGUGAAGAUGUAUCGGCGAGAACCAGACCGGCAAAGCGGAGUCUCGAAUGGCUACAACUCGUCAGAUAACGGAAGCGUUGGAAGUCACGAUGAAGGACCGCUCUUCCUUCUGGAACAUUUGGCAACAUUCGCAGUUUCACCGGAAACGGGAGUCCUUUACCCGCCGGAUGGAAUGCGAAGACUGUUACAGAUGGAGAAGACGUCGGGAAUUUGGACGCAAAAGAUGCAAAUGCGGAUCGAGCGGAAAUCUAUUGUGAUUCUCGACCACGAAAAUGGGGAUGUCGUGGAAGAGUUUCCGAUGGCCCUCAUCCGAGAACCGACUGCAUUCACGAGCAAAGAUCCGAAGGAACUCUACAACAAUAUUUUCAUUUUCAUCGUGACGGAAGACGCAGCUGGAAAUAAUCCGUCUGAGAUGCACAUUUUUCAGUGCGUGAAUGUAUCAGCACAGGAAGCAGUGGAGCACAUGAAGGCAUACAUGGCUGGCAAGGCAGUCAGGGGCGGUUAUGAGAGGUCUUCUCGCAUACCGCCGCCGCCAGUAGAGCCGCCACCAGAGCCUCCUGGGCUGAACGGCGUCCGCGAUAAAGUGUCCGCUUUCAGCGCCAAUGCACCUAGUUCACCGGGUCGCCGAACAUCACAG